UUGGGCUUCCUCUUUCCAGCCGAAUAUUAAAAAAAGACGGCACUAUUGUCGACUGCCGCCAUAGCCGCGCUGCUGUGCAUGGGUGUCACCGCUCCGCAUCUGUCGGGAGUCGGCGGUGGAUUCAUGGCCGUCUACUACAACAAGACGAUCGACAAAAUGUAUGCCGUGGACGCCCUUGGUGUGGCACCUGCCGGCACGCAGUCGAGUGAUUUACAGAAAAACUGGAGUUUCACAACAUUAGGUUACAAGGCGCCCAUCAUUCCCGGUGCAGUGGCGGGCUACAAGCUACUUCACGAGCGAUUCGGCAAACUGCCUUGGGCCGACCUGUUCACCGAUGCGGUCGCCUUGGCUGACAAGGGCUUUAUCGUCGGGCCCCGCUUAGCUGCAGCCCUGAAGAGGAACAAAAAGGCUCUGACCCUCGACGACAAUGGGCGGACUGCAUUCAUCGACCGCGGGACCGGAGAAAUUGUGGCUGGGGGAACUCCGCUUACGCUUCCGCGCGUUGGAGUGGUUCUGCGACGAAUAGCAAAAGACCCAUAUACGUUAUACUCUGGACACCUCGGACAAGAGCUGGCUGCCGAAUUUCAGAGAAAUCCGGAUAAGGCAUACAGGGCCGGCUACAUAACGUGGGAUGACCUCCAGCGUUACAGGCCCCGCUUAAUGGACGCGCUGAGUGCCGAGAUAGGAGAUGGCAAAGUCGUCCACACGGUUCCUUUCCCAGGCAGCGGAGCCAUCGUGGGAGCCAUACUGGAGAGAUUUAAAAUCCCGCGAGCGGUGCUGCAAGGAAAAGGUUUGGCCCCGGUUCCGGUGAUGAGUGAUCCGUCCCUCCAUUUGCUGGUGGAAAACAUCAAGUUCGCCUUGGCCUUUAGAGAAAACCUCGGAGACAAUGACAUCGCCAUAAGUGAGCAGGACAAGCUUCUUUCGAAGAUACAGAUGCAGUACGACAAACAUGUCUCAUCUCAGCACACCCUCGCUAGUUACGAAGAUUAUGGCGGCCUCUAUAUCCAGGACGAGGACUUCGGCGGAGCGCAUCUUUCCAUCCUAGACGCUAAAGGCAACGCGAUAUCCGUAACUGCGGGCUUGAACCACGAAUUUGGCUCCAAGUUCUGGACCAGCUCGGGGAUCCUGCUGAACAGUUACAUGGGUGCUUUCCCGGAUCCCAAAGGGAAAUAUGGGAGGAAUCCGUCGCCUAACAACAUAUUGGCGCCCGGCAAGCAGCCCCUAACAUCCAUGAUACCAUCUGUCAUCACCAACACUACUGGCAACAAACGGCAGAUACACGCUAUUUUCGGAAGCAGCGGAGGAAUAGCCGGAAUUUCGGCUAUGGCUCAGCUGUUCGCCUGCGCGGCCGAGUUCCCGCUCUACAGCUGUGUCUCGUCCAACGUAGCCAUGCAUCCGAUACUCGGCAAGGACGGGUACAUGGUCCAGGUGGGCGCACCGAACGCAAAGUUCGACCCGGCUAGUAUAUUGCUCAAGAUGGGCCACAAAGUGGAGAAAAAGAAUGUGUUCACUUCAAGCGCCACUGCGAUCGUCACGACGGGUCGAGACUCGUGGAUGGCGCCCGCGGACCCCCAGCGCACCGACGGCGGCAGUGCAGGGGACCACUACGAGCACCCCGUCAUCAAGAACGACAGGGUGCUCCUAGGAAAAUACUAGGACACAAUCAUGAUUAGAAAUGAUUGCAACGUAAAUACAUGGUCAUGUUAAAUUGUAUUUAGUUAUUACAAUGUCAAAUACGAUGUGUAUGUUUCAUGUAUAUCAUGUAUGUUUUUUUUUUCUUCUUAAUAUCUUCACUGCCAAAUACAAUCAGGGCCGGAGCCUUUGUCAAGCUGCUGGAAAGCAGCUUUUUGCUCCAGUCCUGGCAUUUUGUCUUUGUAAGAACUGAAUGCGAAAUAAACUGUCUGUCUGUGUGUCUAU